AUGGAAGGAACAGAUGUCGAGAACAUGGAUUUUUUUCUGCCGAAUGCUGUGCUGAACUUUGACUAUGUCCUUGAUAUCGGACUUUCGUCACAAGUCGGGCGCGCUGCCGGUUGUUUAAAUCCAUGUGGAGGAGAGGAGGAGGAUGAGGAGGAGAUGGUGGAUGUUUAUCCAACACAUGAGGCGAAACGCCAAAGAGUGUUGGGAUGGAGAUGUGAUGAUGGUGGAAUGGAUUUUGUUCUUCCGUGUGCCGUCCCUGAAAUGGUCCCGAACAACGGACAUUUGUUAGACAGACGCGCCGGGAGUUCACAUCCACGAGGAGGAGUAAAGGAGUUUACUCCUGCAUUUGAGGAGGCGAACAGCCCCACAGAAAAAUGCAAGAAUAAAUUCUUUAAAUCAAUAAAGAAGGCGUGGAAGAAUGUAAGGCACCCAUUCCUUCAUAAUGAUAAAGUGGAAACACUGAUUCCUUCAGAGCUUAAUGCGGAUUCAGCUAAUCCUAAUCUAAAGGAUGAUGCUGGUCUGGCCAGCUCUGAAUUAAACAAUAAGAUCAAACCGGAAAAACAACGAAUGGCAUUCUUUGACUGUCUCUGGAGGGGCAAGGUGGAGUCAGUGCCGACUCCCCUGCUUAAAGCGGAUCCAGCUAUCCCUGAUGUUAGGGAAGUUGUUGAUCUUGCAUCACAGUCAAAGACCUACGUUGGUCCGAAGAAACAGAAACAAAAGGCUUCAAAGAGCCGCAAAUCUAACCUCCAGGGAGAAAAAGUGACUGUUGUGCCAACUCAACAGCCCAAGGCCAUUUCAGAUAUUCCUGUUGGCAUGGAUGUUCCUGAUCUGGCCUGCCCCCAAUCAAAACCAAAGAUUUGUCCGGAUAAACGCAUGACAUUGAAGCAACGCUUGCUUGGAUGCUUCCGGAGGGGCAAAGUGGAGUCGAUGCCGACUUCACAGAUUGAGGCCCAUCCAGCUAUCCCUGAUGCCAGGGAAGUUGUUGAUCUGGCAGAUUCUCAAUCGAAGAGUGUUGGCUUAAAGAAACACAAACAAAAGGCUUCAAAGAGCCGCUCAUUUCACAACCCUUGGAGAAAAAAAGGGAAGAGUAAAGUGAAAAAAGAUGCCGAUCCAGCUAUUCCUGAUGCCAUGGGUGGUGCGGAUCUGGCCAGUUUUGGUGGCAUCGCUGCAGCUAAUGCCAGGCUACAGAAGAUAGGUGCCAUUUCAGAGAAUAUUGGGUUAAAAGGUGGCGGAAAUCCCGACCCAAAUAAAGCUAAAAAUCCUGGGUCAAAAGAAGAUGGAAAUCCUGGGGCAAAAGCCCUUGAAAAUCCCAGAAAUCCCUUACCAGAAGAUGUUAAAGUUGUCAGGCCAAAAGUUAAAGAUGUUGUUCAACAAGCUUUUGAACCGCCAAGCGAGAAGAAACCAGCUGAUCCCUCAGUGCCUAAAGACACUUUUGAUUCUAAAUAUCAACUCUUGGAGGAUGAAAUGCUUGGGGAAGGUUUCCAUGGCAAAGUGUACAAAGGGAUCCGUAAAUCGGAUGGCACUCCGGUUGCCAUCAAGCUAAUAAGCAGACAAAUAAAUCAUAGCACUAUUCAGAUUCCUGGAUACCCCAAACCGCUCAUUACAGAAGUGGCGCUGCUGCUUAAGUUAAGAGAUGCCCCCUUAUGCACCAAUGUCAUACAGUUGUAUGACUGGUACGAGACUAAACACUUUUAUAUGCUCGUGUUGGAGUACCCACUGCACAGCGAAUCCUUGAUGCAAUUUGUUAAUCGUGAAGAAAAACUAAGUGAAAAUACAGCAAGACAUCUCAUGCGUCAGGCGGUACUGGCAGUGCAACACUGUCUGGAUAAUGGAGUUUUCCAUGGCGACAUCCAUACCGGAAACUUCUUGGUGCAGCAAUCAACAAUGAGCCUGAAGUUAAUUGACUUUGGGUCUGGAGUUUAUAUGACGCAUGAUGAUGGCUAUGAUUCCUAUGACUUUAGGGGAGCUUCAUGGUGCGCUGAGAUCGAAAAAAUUCAGGCCGUGCGAGAAAACGUCUGGGCCUUAGGUGAUGUGCUGUACUAUAUGGUGCAUGGAUCUUUCGUGAAAUCCAGGAAUCGGAGGAGAAAUCGUUUAUCAAAGGAAAUCUCCAAUCUGUUAAGAGGUUGCCGGGCCAAGAAUCGAAGUGAUCAUCCGACGCUCAAGAAGAUCUUAGAUCAUGACUGGUUUAAAAUUGAGUCUGACGAAGAAGAGCUACUCCUAUACAAAAUGAGGGCACUAUCCACACAAAAAUAAAAAGGAUGAAGCUGCAUGACUGAAGGAUAGGGGAAUGAUUGGAGAUGCUGUUUUCAUCAUCCUGAGACAUAUGGAGUUUGCUAAUCAUGUUUAUGGAUAAAUAAGUUUCUACAACCAGAAAGCGAGAAUAGCACAGACAUUAAAAGGGCCACAAUUUCUCAGGAGUAACACAUUUUUGCACACUUUCUGCAUAAUGUUUUAUUUCAGCCUCAGACUUCAUGAUCACAGACCGCUGGCUGAACGUCUGAUGCAGAUCCUGUCUCAUCCUUGAACACAUUAAAAACAUUUUUUUUUAAAUGUUUUUAUAUUUUAAAGUUGUAGUUUCUAAUAUAUAGUGUAUCCUCUAUAGAAUCAGCUGUGUCUGGCUCUCUCUCUCUAGGGUUGUUGUUCUCCUAGGAGUUUAGGGUGUCAGGUUGAUUAAUGUAAAGCUGCUUUGAAAUAAUUAAACAAUUGUAAAAAGUGCUACAGUAUAUAAAUAAAAUUGAACUGAUAUGGAAGACUUUUCUUAUCUUUUUUGUUUGAUCAAACUGAUUA